AUGUCUCGCCUCGCCGCUGUGGCCUUUAUUCUUCUUUCACUCAGCUUCCUUGCUCAUGCCUCGCCCAUCGCCGCCCCUGCUCCAGAGCCCGAGCCUGGGAAGAAAAUUGUUGCGAUUGAGGAGCGCGCUGGAAGCCAUUGCUACGGGGGAUAUUGCUACGGUGGUCUAGACCUUGUGACUCUACUCUUGCAACUCCAGGCUGCGAUUGAAAUCAAGCUUGGGUUGCUUGAUGGAUGUCUACACGGCGGAGAUUACAAGGCGAUUAUCCUUGAGAUUGAAGCGCUGUUGUAUGCUGCUAUUGGUGCUGUCCGAGGCUACAAAAUUGGUCUUCUUGGGCUUCUCACUGGCAAGAUUCUGGUCAUCGCUAAAAUCUGGUUUGCUAUCGUGAUUUCUAUUGCUACUCACUGUGGAAAAUGGGCAGGCCACGCAGAUUUUGAGAUCUUCCUGGUUCUUAUCGUCAAACUUGAUCUUGCCCUUAAGCUCUUGCUCCUUGCCAUCAUUAAUCUCGGCGGUAUUCUCAGUGGCUUGCUUAGCAUCAUUAUCGGCUUGUUUGCGAAGGUUCAUAUUGCUCUACUAAUCAAAGUCAAGUUCUUCCUGUGCCUUGGCGCUCUGAGACUCGGCGGCUACUAA